CCAAGGAGAACGCAAAAAGAAGAGCAAGUCAGGGGGCAGCCCAUGGUCUCCGACGGGCAGCGCCGGCUCCCCGUGGUUUGACGAAACAGACAGCGAACCGCAGGCGCCGCAGCACGCGCCACCACACUUGACGACAUCACCACACUCUCAUAUCCUCGCUUCGCCCUCCUCCUCCUUCAUCAGCAGCGACCAGAGUGCAGCAACAGAGCUACUACAGUUCUGCAACGAGUGGCUAGUUUGAGAGAGAGAGAGAGAGAGAUGAACGCGGACUACGGCGCGCCCACGGAGCUCGCGGGGCCUCUGCAGCAGAGGAGGGCGCUGUACCAGCCCCGCCUCCCGCCCUGCCUCCAGGGAGCGACGGUGCGAGUGGAGUACGGCGACGCGACCACCACCAUCGACCCCAUCGGCGCCGACGCCGUCGCCCAGGCCUUCCCGCACACCUACGGCCAGCGGCUCGUCACCUUCCUCGCGCCGGACGCCGCCGCCGGCAACGCAGCCGUCGAGGAGCGCCCACCGAUCAGGGUGGGCGUGGUGUUCUCCGGGAGGCAGUCGCCUGGAGGCCACAACGUCGUCUGGGGCCUCCACGAUGCUCUCAAGGCUCACAAUCCCCAGAGUACCCUCUAUGGAUUCAUCGGUGGGACUGAGGGACUGUUUUCGAACAAGACACUGGAGAUCACAAACGAUGUUCUUGCGUCAUACAAGAACCAGGGUGGUUUCGAUUUGCUGGGCAGGAGUAUCGAUCAGAUCCGAACAAGCAAGCAAGUGAGCGCUGCUAUGGCCACGUGCGGCAGCCUGAACUUGGAUGGCCUGGUCAUUGUUGGAGGAGUGACUUCCAAUUCAGAUGCUGCACAGCUUGCAGAGACCCUUGUCCAGAACAACUGUAAGACCAAGGUUGUUGGCGUGCCUGUUUCACUUAAUGGCGAUCUCAAAAACCAGUUUGUUGAGACAACCGUUGGAUUUGAUACGGUGUGCAAGGUGAAUUCUCAGCUUAUAAGCAAUGUUUGCCUCGAUGCAAUCUCAGCUGGAAAGUACUACUAUUUUGUUCGUUUGAUGGGUCGAAAAGCAUCUCAUGUUGCCUUCGAAUGUGCACUCCAAUCGCACCCAAACAUGCUUAUCAUGGGAGAGGAGGUGGCAUUGUCAAAACUCACACUGAUGGAAUGUAUAAAUAAGAUAUGUGACGGGGUACAAGCCAGGGCAGAGUUAGAUAAAUACCAUGGUGUCCUCCUUAUUCCAGAAGGACUGAUAGAAAGCAUUCCAGAAAUGUAUGCACUCAUUCAGGAAAUAAGUAUCCUCCACAACAGUAAUGUUCCUGUUCCAGAGAUGUCAUCAAAGUUGUCUCCAUGGGCAGCUGCAUUGUUCCAGUUCUUGCCACCCUUCAUCAGGAGAGAGCUCCUCCUCCACCAAGAAUCUGACAACUCUGCCCAGUUAUCCCAGAUUGACACUGAGCAACUGUUAGCACACUUAGUAGAAGCAGAGAUGAUAAAAAGAACAAAAGAAGGGAGAUACAAGGGAAAGAAGUUCAGUUCAGUCUGCCAUUUCUUUGGAUAUCAGGCUCGAGGGUCCCUACCGUCAAACUUUGACUGUGACUAUGCUUAUGCCCUUGGCCACAUCUCCCUACAUAUGAUAGCAGCCGGUUUGACUGGCUACAUGGCAACUGUGGCUAAUCUGAAGGAUCCUGUACACAAGUGGCGUUGUGCUGCUGCUCCACUAACGGCAAUGAUGAGUGUCAAGAGGCAUUUACGUGGCCCUGGAGCAAUCCCUACAGGAAAGCCUGCCAUUCAUCCUUCCCCUAUUGACCUGAAAGGGAAGGCAUACGAGUUACUGAGAGGAAAAGCUUCGAGUUUUCUCCUUGACGACUUCUACAGGACUCCCGGAGGUAUUCAAUUUGCAGGACCUGGUUCAGAUGCAAAGCCCAUCACGCUGACCAUUGAAGACCAGGACUACAUGGGCGACAUUGAGAUGCUAAAACUAUAUCUUGACAAGGUGAGGACAAUCGUGAAGCCUGGUUGCUCGAGGGAUACCCUGAAAGCAGCGAUAAGCUCAAUGAUCUCGGUGACGGACGUGCUGACAGUGAUGUCCCACCCUCUCAAUGCUGAACUGCCUCUCUACCAUUUCAACUGAGCGUGAAUAACUACAUGACAGUUGCUGUGACUUGUGAGCCCACAGCCCAGUUUUGUUUCUACUACAGGAGGCUGGCUUCUUCAGCUAUUCUGUUUUUCAUUUCUGUUCCUUUUCUGAAGGACAGGCAUGUGAAAGCAUAUCAGUUUCUGUUAUUAUGUUGAAAAUUGAAAUAAUAGAAGUCGGUCCUUGUAUGAGACUGGAAGCAAACAAUGCAUUUGAGUUAAAUUAAUGUGAACCUUCAGUUUGUAGUAAA